CGAAAGCCGUUCACCAAGCUCUCGGAUCCCGGCCCGCCUCCGAAGAUAGCCGUUCAAGCUUCUUAGCACAGAAUGAAAGGCUUCUCGGCGAAGCAAAUUUACCUACCUACUAGACGUUCGUCUGAAAGAGUGGGUUUGUUCCCCACCCAACUGUCAGACAGGUUGUCUUGUUCCUCCCUUUCGCAGUCAGAACGUAUUACCUGAGAUUAUUCAAACAACGCGCCGUUGAAAAAAGAUUUAAAAUUUUCAACGUGGCGCUUCCAAUCCGGGAAAUAUUUCCACUAUUCUGAGCCCAAGUAUCCAAUAAAAGACCAGGACUACGUUACACAUCUAACGACACGCGUUGUUUGAGAUAAAUUCAGGUAACACGGUACGUUGGUUACUUACUACACUAUAUGAGACAGACGUUCGGAAAAGCGCCACCAAUCAUUGCAAUCUAUUGCCGUCAUGCUUUUCUCCCGGAAGAGCGCCGGAACCGUACCGGACACCGACGAUGGCGAAAAAGACGGAUGUCAUGAGCAGGAGCGGCAUCCGAAUAGACACACUAACGGUCUUGUGUCUUUACUUACUGUCGAGGAUGGCGUUGUGUACAAACCCGAGGCCCAGGAACACACGCGCUGGUACCAAAGGCUGCUAGACGUCGGAGUCGAAGAGAAUGGCAUUAAACCGGUGCCCGUUGAGAAGCGAACGAACACGCAGUACAACAAUCUAUUCACCGUUUUUUUCACGGGCUUGCUCUGCAUCUUACCACUGCCCACGGGAAUGCUAGCAACGACUGUGUUCCAGCUUAGUCUGCGCGAUGCGUCUCUGACUAUCUUGUUCUUUUCUGCCUUCUGCACUGCUGCCCCAGCGUUUAUGGGAUGUGGCGGCUAUAAAACCGGAUUGCGGCAGAUGAUCCAGGCUCGCUACUCCUGGGGUCUAUACAUUGUCACGAUAAUCCUCGUUUUAAAUGCUGCCACAGUUACAGGCUUCUCUAUUGUUGCCGCAAUUGUAAGUGGACAGACGAUUGCUACCAUUAACCCCGGAAAUGUAAGCGUGACGGUUGGCAUUGUCAUCGUUAUCCUAGCGAGCUUUGUGCUUUCAUUACUAGGAUACCGAGUCUUACACAUCUGGGAACGCUGGCAAUGGCUUCCCAAUCUCGUAGUUCUCACCAUUACUGUUGGUGUCGGCGGAAAGCACCUUGUUCACCAGCAAGAAGUCCCCCCAGCCACGGCGUCCCAGGUACUGUCAUAUGGAGGAUUAAUGGCCGGUUAUUUCAUUACCUUUGGAGGCACCGCCUCGGACUUUUCCAUAUAUCAUGAUCCUAAAGCACCUCUACGAAAGGUCUUCACAUACAUUUAUCUCGGAAUCUUCACACCCUCAGUCCCCCUACUAAUACUGGGCGCUGCCAUGGGGGGAUCUGUGUCUGUUGUUGCAGGCUGGGAAGAGGCUUACGAAUCCUACGGUACCGGGGGUAUUUUAGCAGUGAUGCUCCAACCAGUGGGCGGAUUCGGAAAAUUCGUGUUAGUCAUUCUGGCGUUAUCCGUCAUAGGCAAUAUCGGCAUUUCGAUGUACCCAGUGGCGUUAAACCUACAAAUGCUGGUUCCAGCCUUCACGAAGGUGCCACGUUUCAUCUUCACCCUAGCCGUCACGGCUUUAAUGAUUCCGCUAUCGAUUGCCGCAUCGCGCGCAUGGGAAGAGUCGCUAGAGAAUUUUCUCGCGGUCAUUGGAUAUUGGGCAGGCUUCUUCGAUGCCGUAAUGAUCGAGGAAGCUGUUGUAUUCCGUCGCCUGAAUUGGGAAUCAUAUGAUCACUCGAUUUGGAACGUUGGUCGUAAGCUUCCAUCUGGUAUCGCAGCUCUGGUGGCUUCAUUGUUGUCGCUCGGACUAGUAAUCCCCGGUAUUAACGAGGUCUGGUUCGUUGGGCCAUUCGCAAAGACAACGGGCGAUAUUGGUUUUGAAUUGGCCUUUUUCGGUACUGCGUUGUUUUACUUGCCUUUGAGGUGGCUUGAAAUCAAGUGGAGGGGCCACCUAUAACCACAGUGGAGGACAAUACGCAUUAUGUAGUUUUUGCUAGAUGGAACGAAGAAGGUAUAUUCAGAGGAAGAACAGUUGUCAUGGUACCAUAGUUGAGUGUAGAUAUGUAAGGUCUCGAACUGAUAACGUUGUUUACCUUUUGGUAGCGUAGCGGUUAUAGUUACUAUUACGCUCCCAUGCUCGUUCCGUGACAACAGCCACAAAGAU